AUGUCCACCGUCAACUCAACUCAGCCAUCCCAGACUGACGCCUCUCAACCUACUCAAAACACCACCCAAGCCUCGGCGACUAUAACCCCUCACCCGACAAAUCACGAAACACCAGCUAGAGGACGUGGGAGUCGCGGCGGCAGGGGUGGAGGCGCCCGAGGUCGAGCCCGUGGUGGCCGGGCAGUACAACAUGGAGGUCAAACUCGAAGCCAGCCAGGUACUCGAUCGGCUCCCCGCUCAUGGACCAAGGAUCGCAACCGAGACGGGCUUUCCAAACGGGAGGUGUGUGAGCUGAUCAAUCAAUACUUGAUCGACAACGGCGGUGAAAGUCGUUUGUGGUGUGGCAUUGAACAACAGGUUACUACCCUUGAGAAAAAAUUCCGUGAUGCGCUGGCGUGGCAAGACCAAACUGGCCAAGGGAUCUUGGAUGAGGCCGAUGAGCUGGCACGACAAGCUGGCGGCAACUCCAAAGAUGAGGAUUUUCUCGAACCGGUUAUGCUCGAUCGACCCUCCGCUGUCCCCUUGAACACACAUGAACAAGGGGAUGAUGAUGACCUGACUCGUGCUCUCAAUCUCGAUCGGAACGAGGACUGUCCCACUACCCCUGAGCAUUGGAGCGCGUCCAAACGAGGUGGACCCGCAUCACCGGUUAACACCCUAGGACUGCCGUCUCCUGAUGUCAUCCAGUCCUUACCUGCCACGGCCAGAUCUACGGCGCAAACUCCUGUGGGAACUGGCACACCAGCGGUGGCACCGUCCCCUUCGAAUAGGGUGGCCUCGAUGUCAGCUCUGGCUGCUCAACGUCCGGAUGCUCAAGCUCAGCGGCAAGUCAGCUAUGCUGAGAGGAUUACCGACCGGCUGUUUCCAUCUCGGGAUGAAAUGGCCAGUCAAACGACUGCCGAGAUUCAGAUGAAUCGUGACCAAUUAGACACGGACAAUCAAAUGGUCAAUGCGAACAUUGCCCUGAUCAAUGCCUUAAGUCAAGACCUCGCGCCUACAGCCAAUUUGCCUGAGCAGAUCAGCCUUCAGAACCACCAACUUCGGCUUGAUGUCCAGCUCCGAGAGGUGGAAGUUGCUCAUGCCCAAGCCCCUUUGGCUGCCGAGGAGGCUUCAGGUGCAGCGUUUGCUCGGGUGAGGAUGGUCCAGGACUUCAUUGGAUCAGGAUUAGCACCAGCCGAAGCCCUUGAGAUGACUAAUCAGAUACUCGGGCCGGUCUUGUUGGCCCCUCCACAGACUCCUGUUGACCCUUCCCCGCCUUAUGAUGAAUAG